AUGAACAGUGACUUCACAUCUAGUCUGCUGCAGACAUUCAGGACUGUCAUCCCGAAAUCUGUCCAGGAAAGGACGAUGAAUGGAGUCAACAAGUCAAGGAGCGAUGGCGCUGGCACGAGAAACACUGAGAGCAGGGACAUGAAGUACAGGGGAGGUUGUAAAGAGAUCAAGCUGCCUAUGAUUGAGUCAGCCGCUCAACACUCGUUUGUUUCAUCGCUGUUCGACAUUCGCGCUCACGAUGAUGCGGGAAAGAAAUCUUUUACAAAGCUGCAGAGGCUCGAGAAGAUCUCGACAAACCAAGGCAGACCGAAACUGAAAGGGUUCAAAAUUCCGGAUGAAAACACAUGCAAGAAUGCAAGAGUCGCUUUCCGAUCCAAGUAUUAUCAUGGCGAAACAAACUGGAAGAUCAAAGGGAAGGUCGACCAAAGCCUUGCAAGGCUUGCUAUUCUUGAAGCAGAGAACUACAAGACACGAGCUGAAUGCCAACUUGCUGAGAUUCUCAACUGGGAAGACGUAGAGAAGAUCGUCUCUGCUGAACAGUGCAACUUCAUCGUCUAUGAUCUUCUGGACUCCUGUGGAGGAAAAGCGGGAAGAGCAGAAACAAUCAUCAUGUGGUUCCUCAACAAACAUGCCGAAAUUGUUGCCUGGGAGAGUGUGGAGGUUCAGUCAGUCCUGCAGGGACCGGGCGGAGAUCAUUUCAUCGAGACGAUAACGAGCAGCAUGGAGGACUCAAUCAGAAUCUACGGCAACACGAUCCUAAGGAAACUUUACAGUCUCUGUAUCCUUCCUGUCGAAGAGUGUCUUCAGUCUUGCCAAGAGCUCGUGCUGGUCCCCUGCGGUGCUCUCAGUAUGAUCCCUUGGUCGGCGCUGGUCAGCCGUCGAGGUCGGUUCUUGGUGGAAUCUCAUCAUAUUCGAGUUGUUCCCAGCCUCCUCCUCAUGAAGAAAGUGCUCGAGCACAGCAGGAACAGCCCCCUGUGCAUUCCAGAGAGGGCAAGAAGGAGAGCUCUAGUGGUAGGGAAUCCCUUCCCGACCUCCUUCAACUACGGCACGGGCAACGUGGAGGACGGAGAACUGAUUCAUGCGGGAGCAGAGACCGAGGAGGCAGAGGCUUGUCUGGCAGGCAACGACUUCUCCGUCUGCACGCUGAGUGGAGGGGAGGCAACAAGAAGCAACUUCUUCGAUGCUGCUCGGGACGCUGACUGGCUUCAUCUCGCCGCCCAUGUGGAGAACUCGAACAUCCUCAUGGCCAUGAAGGGAGUCAGACAAGACCCUGACAGCAAGCGUCAUCACCCUGACCCCGUGGAGUUCGACGACGGCGUCGUUCAACCGCGACAGAUUGAGCAGGAGCUCAAGCUAGCGGACGGAGCCGUCGUCUUCCUAAGCGCCUGCAACGCCUGCACCAGCAGCGAGGCGCUGUUUAGACUUUGCCGAGCUUUCAUCACAGCAGGAGCAAGAGCCGUCGUGCUCAGCAUCUGGAGCUUGAUCGACGAGAGCACCUCGACCCUCAUGCGCCGAGUCUAUCGCAGCAUGCAGCACGGCCUUACGGUGCACGGGGCCCUCCGGUGA